CAAAUAACAAUACCACGUUUAAUAAAGUAGCAGAUAACAAUACCACGCUUAACAAAGUAGCAAAUAACAAUAUUACAAUGAGCCAAGUAGCAAAUAACAUUAACAAUUGCUCUGAUAAAACUACUCUUGAUGGUAUCGAUAUUUCCCAGUAUGAAGAACUAAGGCCUCCUUAUCCCCUUAUGUUCAAUGCUAUGGUGAAGCAGAAUGAAAAGGGAAGAAAGAAAUGUGAUAUGCCAACAUUAUCCAAGAUUGCUUCUAUAUUUUGGAGACAAGAACCACCGCAUAUUAAAAAUUCUUAUAAAAAACUAGCUAAAGACGCUCAAGAUCUUUUCGCUAAACAAAUUGACUUGCUACAAACCAUUAACGCUGGAAAGAGCAGCAUAAAACCUAUCGAUUACAAUCCUCUAUUCAAUCCAAGUGGUCAGUGGUCGACGAACGAUCGUCAUUGUCUUAACGUCUAUACGCCGCCGCCGAAUUCCGUAGUCGUACCAUUUUACGACGUGUGGAUACGAUGGAACAAAACAAAUGAAUGUGGAGAUCCCGUGACUCCAUUGACAAACUUCAUUCUCACUUUACACAAUAAUCCGAAAAAUGAGAAUAACGCUGAUAGUCCGAAAAUUAAAUCGGAAUGGGAACAUCCUAUCACUUAUAAUGUCAAAGAAUAUCAGUAUGAAUGGAAAGUGCCAUUGAUUGAAGAAGGCGUUGUAAAGAAUAUGAGUUUAUUUUACAUUAGAGUAUCAACUGAUGCUGUGUUGAGUUCAGGCUCUUUUACUGUGUCGGGUGUAGCCGGUCCGUUUACUAUAUGGACUAUGCCAGAUAAAGAGAAUAAGACAUUAUAUGCUCCACAAGAAAAACCUAAUAAUUUGACAAAUAAUGGGGAAUUGAUCGCAACUCGGAAAAUAUUUUUAGAAAAUAUUGUA